AUGUUUGUCGAUGAUACCAAGUGCUACCGUCCGGUGAAAGAUUUACCCGAUUGCGAAAGUCUGCAGAAUGAUCUCAAUAAUCUCGUGAACUGGUGUACUAUCUGGAAGAUGGACUUAAAUAAGCCAAAACCACCACCUUUUUGGUUUCGCUACGUCGACGAUACCUUGACAAGUGUCGAUAAACGUCAGAAAAACGACUUUCUUGACCACCUCAACAAGCAAAACCCCAGUCUACAGUUCACCAUGGAACGUGAGAAAGAUG